GACUUGUUGCCGAGUUGUGUGUUUUGGAGGAUUUGAAAUACAGAAAUUUUCUAAUCUCUUUUUGUUUUUAAGAGGGGAUCUCACUUGAGAGAUCUUGAGAAUUUUUUUGGUAUUUUUUGGUCUCUGAUUCACUUUCUUUGAUUAUUUGAUUUUUUCUUUUUACAAAUUUUCUGGGUAUUAUUCUUAAGGGUUUUUGGAGGGUUUUUAGAUUUUUUUUUUCACCAUGUUGGGUUCUAGAAAAUCUAGAGCCAAACCAAGGCCUCAACCUUUGAAGAUGAUAAGGAAAUUGAAGAUAGUUUAUGAUGAUCCUUAUGCAACUGCUUCUUCGUCCGAAGAUGAGUUGCAACCGAGCCGAAUAAGGCGGGGCUGCCUCGAGAUCCCUCUUCCUUUUAUCCCUGUUGUGUCUGCAAUAGCUCCUCCUCAAGAUAACUCCUUUUAUGAUGGGAAGGAGAAGAUUGCAGCAAGGAGGAAGAGUUGUCUCGCGGCACGACGAGCCCAAACCAAGAAGAGGUCUGUUCCAUCCGCUACUCCGACUCAGACUCAGACGACAAGGAGACAAUCUUCUGCGAAGUAUCGAGGAGUUCGAAUGAGGAAAUGGGGGAAAUGGGCGGCGGAGAUUCGCGAUCCGUUUAAAGGUGCUAGAAUCUGGCUUGGAACUUACAACACUGCAGAAGAAGCUUCACAAGCUUAUGAAUCCAAAAGGCUUCAAUUUGAAAUGGAAGCGAAAGCAUAUGAAGAAGAAGAAGAAGCAUGCAUCAAGAAUAACAAUAGUUGCUCUAUCAACAACACCAACAAUGCUCCAGCACCGGCUGCAACUACCUCUUCCGCGGAUGCUGCGAAUGCUUCUGUGUCGGAGAAAUUUUCAACUACGGAGGAUUCUGAAAGCUUGUUCUCGCAUACAUCGCCUUCUUCCGUGCUUGAAUUGGAUACUCUAGCAUCCAAUGCAACGGAGAAGGUUGAUGCUCCGGCUGAAGAUGAAGCUAGUGAAAUGAUGGCAUAUCAACUUGAAGAGCUAGAAAUUCCAGAUCUGAGUGUUUUGAACUUGCCAGAGCCACCUGUUGCUGCCGCAGAGAAUCCAAUUGGGACUGAUCUCAAUAUUGGGUUUGGAUUCGAUUUUGAUCGGUUUAACAUCGAUGAUUUUGGACAGGAUUUCGAUGAGUUUGGUGAGUUUAGGGAUAUUCACAUUCAUGGCUUCGACGACAAUGAACCUAGUGAACUUCCUGAUUUCGAUUUUGGCGAGAUUGGUGGUGAAGACGAUGAAUUUGCUGGUUGGAUUGAAGAGCCAUUCCAGCACAACAUUUCAUGUGUCUAAGUUUUGUAGUCUCUUAGAAGUGAGACUAGAGUGUAGGACUAGUACUAUGUUCUAGAUUUUGUCAAAGACAAUGUAGUUUUGUUUUUUGAGACAAGUUCUGAGAUUUUGACAGUGAUUCUAAGAUCAUUUUCAGUUUUAUGAAGGAGUUACAUUGGAUCCUUUGGUUUUCUUGUGCUAUUAGAGCCGUCCCAAGGGUUCUUAAAUUUUCUAUAUUGCUUGUUCUUAGUAUAAUGUAAUAAAAUGGAAUUUGAAAGUUCUUCCAUUGCAAUGGAUGAUGAAUGAACCUUCAAAUAUAUAUUAAAUGCAUUGUUUUUUUUUGUCUA